AUGGACACGCGUCGGGAUACGCGCUAUGCAUCCGAAUUCCGUGGAUCCGUUGCGAAACCUCCGGCGCGCGGCGUUGGGCAGUUUAAUAAACGUCCGCAGCAUUUGUUUUUCGACGUCCGCGAUGAGAUUAGCGCAAUUAAUGCGGCGGAUUUGAACGCCGCCGUGCUGCGAGCGGAAGUUGGGAGCGCGGCGUGCAGCGGGCUCAUAAACGCCGACCCGAAUGGCUUAGUGGAUAUUAUACCUGCCCCCUGCGCCAGAGGGUGUGGGUUCGAUCCCCACUACUGGAAAGAUGUUGUG